AGAAUUAGUGCAAUAAACAUGAUUAUGUCAAACUUGUGCUAAUCAUCAUCACCAUAAACAUCAAAAGAAUCGACAGAAAAUCAUAAAAAUAUUGUGAUGAGUAUUUUUCGUGGAUAACGCUAUUUUCUCAAUCUAAUUGUGACCAAUAUGUUUUCAAGUAUUAACCAAUUAUCAGUGUAUUGAUCUCCUUGUCAGUAUUCAAAUUCACUUUGUUGUGUCCUUUCAAGUAAUUUUCAACAAUCAUGUCAUCAAAUUAUUCAACAUCAUUAGAAACUGAAAUUCCCAAUUUAUUCCCUAUCUUUUUUUCCUCCAAAAAAGUCGCCAAAUUUUGGGCAACUUUACCAAAGAUGAAUUAUAUGAACCCAGGAUCUGGUGGAUCGCAUCCUCAAUCUUACCAUAUGAUUGAAUUAAUUGGAGUCUCUCAUACAGGACCCAUAGUGCCGCCCAAUAGAGCCACUAUCUGGUCAAAAUUAACUGGUUCUUUGGCUAAAGGAUUAAUUUUAAAAGAUGUUUCUUUUGAAGUUUACUCUGGUGAAGUGAUGGCCAUCUUGGGAAGCAAAGGUUCUGGAAAGAGAGCUUUAAUAGACGUUAUUGGACAUCGAGUCACCGGACAAGGAUCCACAAAGGGGCAAAUUUUAUUGAAUGAUGUUCCAUUGACUUUAAGACUGUUCCAAGAGCAAUGUGGUUUUGUCUCUAAGCGAACUCAACUCAUACCAGGAUUAACGGUUCGUCAAAGUCUUCAAUAUAUGGCCAAUAUGACUAUGAAGACGAGUCAAACCAUGAAGAAAACGCGCAUCAAACAAGUCUUAGCUGACCUAGCCUUGACUGGACUUGCUAAUCGUAAAGUUGACACUUUGAGCCUACCAGAAGCCAAACGACUUGCCAUUGGUUUACAAAUUGUUAGAGAUCCAUUGUUGCUCGUUCUUGACGAUCCAACUUCAUCACUUGAUCCACUCAAUACAUACUUUGUCAUCUCUAUCCUAUCAAAUCAUGUAAAAAAAUACGGCCGAAUUGUCAUUCUCACAAUGGACAAACCUCGAUCAGAUAUAUUUCCCUUUCUUGAUCGUGUUACGUAUCUUUGUUUGGGUGACGUUGUCUACACUGGAUCUACUCGAAUGAUGAUGGACUACUUUCGGAGUAUUGGAUUCCCUUGUCCUGAAUUGGAAAACCCUCUCAUGUAUUAUCUUUGCCUUUCAACCGUUGAUAGAAGAAGUCGAGAUCGUUUCAUUGAAUCUUCAAGUCAAAUUGCCGCUCUUGUCGAUAAAUUUAAAGUUGAAGGACAUGAAUAUCGUAAAUAUAGUGGAUCACCCGCAGCCAUUAAUGGAGCUGGUCCAUUGUCACCAAGUAUACCUUUAACAGCAUAUGGGCGAGCAUCAACCUGGAAUGUUACAAUGGCUUUGAUGGGUCGACAAUUUUCUUCUUUAUUUACAUGGACCAAUAUUGCUCGACGAAUCUUUGUUUUACCCCUUUUCUUUCUUCUCCUGUACAUAUUUAUUCUUCCCAAGUUACCCUCACAACAGCAAUCAUUUCAAACUCGAUCCGGCCUGUUUCUCAAUUGUAUAACUGUAAUUAACUUUGUUACACCAGCUCUCACUGCAUACUCAUUUGCACCUCAUCGUAAUCGUUUCUACGAAGAAUCAUCUCGACUUUCCCUUUACCGUGGACCGCUCUUUAUUUUAACUCAAAUACUAACCAGCAUACCAUAUAAUCUUAUCACAAUUGGUAUUUGUGGCAGCAUCAUUUACUGGGCAGCUGGACUUCGCUAUGAUGCUUAUUACCUCGAAAGAUGGGGACUAUUUACGGCCAUCCUUUGGGCUGUUCAUACAUUUGCAGAGCAACAUACAGUGGCUUUCCUUUGUUUCAUCAAAUCACCAUUUACUGCCUCAGUUACCAGUUCAACUUUUCUCAAUUUAUACAUGGUCUUUGGUUGCGCUUUCCUUCGUUCAACCUUGUCAGCUCCUGAAUGGAUGAGUUAUCUUGAAUUUGCCAAUAUCUAUUAUUAUGCUUAUUGGUCUUUCUCGUUUCUUGAAUUUCAUGAUAAUGAUGCUCUCACUCAGGCACCAGCCUUAUCACCAACCACCGGUUUACUUGAAGAGUGUCCUAUGAAUGUUAUUCCUGGUAAAUGUUUAUUCAUUAAUGGAACUCACUUUUUAUCUCAAAGAUAUAAAGAAGGAAUUGAUGCGAGUAAAAAUCUUCUCCCUGAAUGGUCACUCACCCAUUAUAAAAAUUAUGCACUCAAUUUGGUCUUCAUCUUGUCAUCAUAUGCACUGAACACGAUUGUUUACAUUAUUCCGAUUCCCGGUUCAAUCAAAUCCAAAUUUCGAGAUUAACAUAUAUUUUUUGUGUUUUAAAUAUUUCCAUCGGCAUUUUAUGUCACUUUUGUUUCAUUAGCAUCAUCAAUUGUAUUUAAUUGUUAACGGCUAAUAUGUGCCUAAACAGACAAACACUUAUACAAUAUUUUUAUCACUGUUAGCAACUUUUCAUGUUUUAAUUUUUGACAUAAAUAUGAUCUAUACUUGUUCCAUUGUAUAAUAAUUGUCUCUUCAGAAUUAUAAAAUAAUAAAAUAAAAAGCUUAGAUU